AUUCCUGAAUGUUACAAUAUUAUUGGUUACGAGGCCUUUCUCGUCUUUCAUGCGUACAUGCUCAUUUAUCUUGAAAACCUUUGUUGUUGUUGUUCAAACUUGGUUGGAGCUGUUGAAGACCUCGGUCAGUCUUCACUUGAACAUAUUUUGGACAACUUUGAUGUGGAUAAUCGCAAUUGUCUCUCUUCCUGGACGAAUUUUAGCUGCUUUACGAAGGGAAAGGCAGUUGCAACAAUAUUUGCAAUUUCUGGAAAUUGUGAUAAUGUUUUGCUGGAAAGAAAGGAGCUCCAAAAACAAUUCCAGGCUGCUUUGAAGGAGCAUAAGAUGAUGGAAUUGAUGUUGGACGAACUUGAAAUGAUACAUGAAAAGGCAACCAACAAGAUUGCACUCUUACAAAGUGAGGUUAUUGGAGCGUUUUGGUAUUUAUUCAUAGCAGAGAGAAAAACAACUUGCUGGGAAGAAAGCUAUGCAAAUUGGCCUCUAAACUGCAAUUACAUAGGCAACUUGAGUGCCAAUUUGAGUGCCAAUUUGAGUGCCGACACCUUUUGCUCUCUAAAAGCUGAAAAUGCUUCCAAUUCUUUUGACUUUGGAAUAUUCAAAGAUGCUAUACGUAUUGUGGGAUCAUGAAAGAUCGUGAAGUAACUGUCUCUUUGUUUUUGGUGGAGUGCAGAAAUUGAGGAUUGUUCGUUGAGGACAGACCAAGAGCAUAGUGUUGCUGUUGAGUGAAGGAAGAGCGUGAUAAGAGGCAAGUGUUUUCCAUUAACUGAACAUAAAGGAGUUUUUUGUUGUUCUUUUUUUUAAGUUAUGUAAGAUGAUAGUAUUUUAA